CAACUUAAUGUCUUAUGAUGCUACCUGAUGAGCCUCAGAUGAACAGUCUGGGCGGUUUAUGACUGGAUGCUUCUCCAUGUCACCCCAUGAUAUAGCGAGACGCAUGCGCUGAGUCUGGAAACAUGACGCAGCCGUCUAAUGAUGCAAUGAACAUCAUCACAAUUGAUGAGGCAACGAACAGGCGUGAGGGGUCAGCGUGGCCCUCAAUCCUUGCCUCUGCUUACAUCUUUCCGCUACUUACAGCUUUGCUUUCGGUCUGUCAUAUACACACCCUGCCGGUCUUUCCCACCAAGUUGAACCUUGGACGUUUCUUUUCGUAUCUUUCCGAGUUCUCUCACCCACAUUCACUCAACGUUUCACUCAUGGUGUCUCUACGCCCAUCACUCCUUGACUCCGGCCUGACCAUGGUCUGGCCCCUAUUUCCUAGUGUCCCAGUGUCCUGUCCAUAAAAGCCAGUUAUCGAGGGCCAUAAUUUUGCCUUGUCAAGCAUGCAAGCCUU